AUGUGGCAGCUGUCAAGCUGCACGCGCCUUCGCACCGCGAAAAGAAUAUGCAGUCAUCAACUGCCAUUUCCCAUAGUUGCCAUAUACCUGAGGCAUUUCAGUUGCAGCCAUAUUUUGUACGGAACAAGGAGCUCAGCAAAAUCAUUACUUAAGGAAACCUCUGGAAAUGGUGGUCAUAAUAGGAAUGGCAAAAAAGAGCAGGAGGUUCCCGGCAACAAAAGCCCGCGCUCAGCAACUGCACCACUCGCGAAUGCCCGGACGGGUGUAAAAACCGUUGAGCGCAAAUCUGAUGGUACUGAUCAAAGUGGUCCAGCAGAACGUGAAGAGCCUCAACACUCCGAGGCGCAGAUCGCUGAUGAGGAGCGACGCCUCGUUGAAGGUGACACACGUCUCGCCAUGCGGAUGUUAAUGCAGCACUACUUUUUGUAUCAAAGCAACUCCCGCCGGCCGGAGGAUGAGCGGCUCGAGGAGGAACGCGAACGGUUACGGGAGAAGCACCGGGCACGAAUGGAGCGCAUCGAAAAUAAGACGCGGAACUCCAUGGAAUUGGGUGCUGGUGUCGCUGUAGACGGCAUCCUUCCAUUGUACAGCCGAAGGAAAUCCACAGGAGGAGAGGCGCCGUCAAUAUCGGGCUGGAGGCGCUUAAACCCCGUAGAGGCUGAGGAGGCGGCUGCUUCCUCUGCUGCUGCUGCUGCGGAAACAAAAGAAGUGGGCUCGGAAGGAGAAGCUGAUGAAUGCGAUGAUCACUACGAUAACAUUAGCCGCAUGUGCAAUGAUCUGCCUCGUGGCGGACACUUGGGAGUUUUUCUCGCAAAGCCAGAUAUUACGGCAUAUGAUGCGGAGCACGACCGUCGCAUUCGCAGUGCUGAGGUGCUUGAGGCUGAGGAACGAUGCCGCAAGGAGGAGUUGUUGAACGGCCCUGUAGCAAGUAAGGUGUGGUCAAAGGAGGAGCUGGAGGACGGCGGUGGGUUGACUCCCAUGCGAGUGGUGCAGAGCCAAAUGUUGGAAGAUGAAGAUGAGGAUUUUGCCGUUGAGGCGUACGAAAUCGGGAACGAUGAGUGA